GCGACAAGAUGGCGGCGCCCGGGCCCUGCCACGCAGACUUCCGCCCGGCGCCGAGAUUCGGAACACGCUGCGCGUCGCGUCGGAGGUGAAAUCGGGACCCGCGUGGUGUGGAACUACAGCCUGGGUGCGGAGGGGCAUCAUGUCGGAAGGAAACGCCGCGGGCGAGCCCAGCGCUCCGGGAGGGCCCCGACCCCUCCUUUCUGGGGCGCGGGGGCUUAUUGGGCGAAGGCCGGCACCUCCCCUCACCCCGGGCCGCCUUCCCUCCAUCCGCUCCAGGGACCUCACCCUCGGGGGAGUCAAGAAGAAAACCUUCACCCCAAAUAUCAUCAGUCGGAAGAUCAAGGAAGAGCCCAAGGAAGAAGUAACUGUCAAGAAAGAGAAGCGUGAAAGGGACAGAGACCGACAGCGAGAGGGCCAUGGACGGAGCCGGGGGCGCCCAGAAGUGAUCCAGUCCCACUCCAUAUUCGAGCAGGGCCCCGCCGAAAUGAUGAAGAAAAAGGGGAACUGGGAUAAGACCGUGGAUAUGUCAGACGUGGGGCCCUCUCACAUCAUCAACAUCAAAAAGGAGAAGAGGGAGACAGAUGAAGAAACAAAACAGAUCCUGCGCAUGCUGGAGAAGGAUGAUUUCAUCGAUGACCCUGGGCUUAGGAAUGACACUCGAAAUAUGCCUGUGCAACUGCCGCUGGCUCACUCGGGCUGGCUUUUCAAGGAAGAGAAUGAGGAAGCAGAUGUUAAACCACGGCUGGCCGGCCCCAAGGAAGAGGAUAUGGAGGUGGAUAUGCCUGCUGUGAAAGUAAAAGAGGAGCCCCGAGAUGAGGAUGAGGAGGCCAAGAUGAAGGCUCCUCUCAGAGCAGCCAGGAAGAUCCCAGGCCUCCCGAAGGACGUGUCCGUGGCGGAGCUGCUCAGGGAGCUGAGCCUCACGCAGGAGGAAGAACUGCUGUUCCUGCAGCUGCCGGACUCACUCCCCGGCCAGCCACCCACUCAGGACAUCAAGCCCAUCAAGACGGAGGUGCAGAGCGAGGACGGGCAGAUGGUGGUUAUAAAGCAAGAGAAAGACCGGGAAGCCAGGCUGGCAGAGAACACUUGUACCCUGGCUGACCUGACAGAGGGACAGGUAGGCAAGCUGCUCAUCCGCAAGUCAGGGAAGGUGCAGCUCCUCCUCGGCAAGGUGACUCUGGACGUAACGAUGGGGACCACUUGCUCUUUCCUGCAGGAGCUGGUGUCCGUGGGCCUUGGAGACAGCAGGACAGGCGACAUGACAGUCCUGGGACACAUAAAGCACAAACUUGUCUGUUCUCCCAACUUCGAAUCCCUGCUGGAUCACAAACACCGGUAAAGCGAGCAGAUGGAGGACGGUGGUGACUGUGCCCACGACUGCUGCCUGCUCCAGACGUUUUGUUCUCAAAUCUGUUUGACCUAGAAGGGGCCUGUUUAGCCCACCCACUCCAGCCAUUGUCCCAGUUUUCCCCACAGGGCCCACACGUGGCUCCCUUCCACGGCGGCUGUGAACGGCAUGAUGACCUUCCCACAGUGAGGAAACUGCACACCCUCACUGCUAGGGGGUUGGUCCCUGCUAUUUAUUUUUAUAUUUAUGUCUUAGCUCUUCAGCGGACUGCACCCUCCCCAGGCGGAGAAGGGACGGUCUGGGCAAGGACAGGCUCCUUCUCUGGGGACGUCUUGGUUCUCAGGGUAGGAGACGCUAUUGCUCCCUCCUCCCUCCCAAGAGGCAGCGCCUGAGAGAGAUCAGAGAUGUCUGGAGUCUGAGACUCACCCUCAGCUCUGUCCAUUACUAAUAGUGUGACUGAACAAACUACCUAACCUUUCUGAGCCUCAGAGUCCUCAUCUGACAAAUCGAGGACAAUACCUACCUCACAGGGUUGGCGUGAGGAUGCUGUGGAAUACUGUCGAUGAAAUGUCCUUGCAUAAGGCUGGACAUACGCUGUAGGAGCUCAAUAAACGUUAGUUUAGUUUU